AUGAUAGAAAUUUCUACACUCCCCUCUCUAACAGCCACAUGGCACAACACGACCUACCCAACCAUUUCUCCGAGACAACCUCACCUCUCAGUCAGUGGUAAAGCCAUCGUCAUCACAGGCGGCGGCCGGGGCAUCGGCGCCCGCACCGCCCAUUCCUUCGCCUCAGCCGGCGCAUCCUUCAUCACCAUCACGGGCCGCACGCUCCCAACCCUCGAGUCCACCAAAGCUGCCCUGACAUCCGAGUUCCCCAACACCACCAUCCUUACCGCAGUUGGGGACGUGACCUCCGCACCCGCCAUGGACGCCGCCUUUUCCGCUUUAAGCGCCGCCAAUGGCGGAAAGGGAGUCGACAUCUGCAUCCACAAUGCUGGCUACCUUCCGGACGCGAAGUCGGUCGUGGAAUCGGAGAUAGAGGACUGGUGGUCCGGCUUCGAGACGAAUGUCUUGGGAUCAUUUAUCGUGGCGCGCGCGUUCCUCAAACAUAAGAACGCUUCUUCUACUGCUGAUGUCCCGGUGCUAGUGGGUAUGGGCUCGGCAGUGGCGACGCUAUCCCCGCCGCCUAAAGAGUCUAGCGGUUAUUCCGUUAGCAAGAUGGCUCAACAGAGGUUCUUUGAGGCGCUAGCCGAGGAAGAGAAGGGUGUGAGAGUGAUGCAGGUGCAUCCUGGCGUGAUCGAGACCGAUAUGGGACAGAAGGGUGCUGCACAGGGCACGAAAUUACCUGUAGACGAUACGGAUUUCAUGGUCUGGGCUGUCAGUCCGGAGGCGGCGUUCUUACAAGGCCGGUUGAUCUGGUGUAACUGGGACGUUGAGGAGCUAAAGGCGAAGAAAGAGAAAAUCGUCGCGGAGCCGACGUUACUGGCUCUGGGAAGGCCGGCUCCCUCUAUCCAUUACCAUAGCCGUGCGACAUAUGGGGCAAUUGAUGUCCAUGCAGCCGGUGCUACACGCGCAACCUCUGCGCCUGCAUUGCUCACAUUUCGGCAACAUGUGACCGUUGUUGAGGCAUAUUUCGGUGCAGAUGGGACAGCGGCAGCCUUCUUUGAUGCAGGGACUGCUCCAGACGCGAGUGAGUUCGCCAUUGUGUGCGCAGCGGCUUGGGUUCGCACCUGUUCAGACGAGGGGAAGAAGGAGGAGGAGCGGGAGGGGACGCACCGCCCGACCGUGAUUGAGAUGAGCCGGCGGCUUUUCGUCGCUGCUGGGACGAGGAUGACGAGGCAGAAGACGAGGAGGAUAAGUGUGAUUCUUGGACUAGAGGAGAAGCAAAUGGGGAUCCUCGUCCCUCUGGUGCAGACGUUAGCCAUGAUUGUUGGUGAGAGAGACGAGGGGAAGGUUGUUCUGGUCCCUCGUCAAUGGCUGAUCGUCCUCUAA